AUGAGCAAUUUAAAAAAGGAAGAAACCUGUCAGAAUGACGAAAAGGAAGUAACUGAACAGGCGACAGCCUUGACGAAUGAGAAAGGCUCCAGCGAAUCGAUGCCGAAGAAAAAAGUCACAAAGAAAGUCAGUUUCCUCCUUGAUGAGAAUAGCACAAAUGGGAAAAAGGAAAAUGUCAAAAUGGAUGCCGGUUCUUUGGAGGGGCAUCGAAAUGGGCAUUCUUCCCACGCAGACACAGACGAGGGGAAACACAGUAACCGUGAGCAACGUGAUGGCCAACCAAGUGACCCUCAAAAAAGUGACUGCAAGGGGAAGGACUUUGUGAAUAUCAGUUGGGCCAAGUGCAGCAACGUCGGUGAACGAAACGGUGGCGAAUUCUGGGGAAAAGAAGAAGACACCCCCAAUGGCAGUUCAUGCAACGGAAACGAGCACAAGCUAUUCUCCAACGAGGACAAUCAGCAUAGGCGCUUCCACACUCAGUUCAAAUUCUUCGAAUCACAGGAGAUGCAGCACAAGAUGUUCAUCUCCCAGGAAAAUCAACACAAGUUGUUCGCCGCGGGGAGCAAACAUAACGAAUACAAAGAUAAGGAAAAAGAGCCAGUGUAUGUUAAAUUCGACAAACGUGAGUGCGCGAAGAAUGAGCAAAAUUCUGCCUUUUUGACGGAUGAACUCAAGGGGGGCGAGGCUGAAGAGAUGGUUGCCAGUGGAAAGAACCGCGAAGGGAGGGAAAAAGCGGAAAUGCAAAUUAAAGAGGAAGCCAAAAUGGAUACCAAAACGGAGGCCAAAAUGAAGUCCCAAAUGGAGGUUAAAACGGAACACACGGAUUUUGAAAAGUCGUACAACGAGAGUCUAAAUAAUUUCCGUGCGUCCUCCUUUGUCGACAUUCUGAACUCCAUGCAGGGGAGUGGAAAAGGACGAAACGCAGGGACAAAUGAGCCGAUACUAAAUGGGACUACCCCCAAUGGGAAUGCUCCCCAUGAGUACCUCCCCCCCACUAACGAGAAGGACUACGAAAACGUGGACUCCCUAGAAAACAAACAAAACGACAGCAUGCAACUGAUUGCGUGCAUCCUGUGUGGAGACAGCAUAAAGGCGAACACAUCCAAAAUGUGCAGUAACUGCAUUUUGCAAAACGUAGAAAGUAGUAGCGCCAACAUAAAUAAGGACACCUACCUUAUAUACUAUUGCCGAGAGUGUAAAAGGUACCUACACAACAGGUGGGUAUAUUGCGAAUUGGAGAGCAAAGAAUUACUAGCCUUAUGCUUAAAAAAAGUGAAUAAAUUGAAGAAGCUAAAAAUAUUGGACGCAAAAUUCUUAUAUACAGAACCGCACAGUAAAAGAAUCAAGAUUCACCUGAGCGUGCAAGAGGAACUAAUCAACAAUUUCAUCAGCGAGAUGGAGUUAAUCUUACAUUACGUAAUAAAAUAUACCCAGUGUGAUGACUGCAAGAAGACUUAUACUCCCUACACAUACAACACUUGCGUAUCGGUUAGACAAAAAGUGGAACAUAAAAAAACACUCCUCUUUUUGGAAAGCUUAUUAUUAAAAUAUAAUAUGAACGAAAAUAUUAUUAAUAUAGUAUCUAAUCCAGACGGCUUGGAUUUUCAUUUUUUAUCACGGACAGACGCGCUCAAAUUCUGCGAUUUCAUUUUAAGCAAGACAAUGUCAAAAUGUAAAAACUCCAAACAUUUGAUAAAUCACGAUGCGAAUAAUAACACAUACAAUUAUUUGUACUCCUUCUCAAUCGAUAUUUGUCCCAUAUGUAAAUACGAUUUGAUUUUUUUUCCGAAAGAUUUAUCAAUCAAGUAUGGAAUGAAAAGCACCUUCUAUCUUUGUCUGCACGUAUCCAUAUUCAUCAUAUUGAUUAAUCCUUUCUGUUCUGCUAAUUCUGCUCAUAUAUCGCAAGAGAGGUACAACAAACACCCCUUCUUGCCCCUCCUGAGCAAAGCAGACUCCAAGGUUUUCCUCAUACUCAACGUCGAAUACAUCGACAACGACCCGUAUUCCAAGAGUGAGAGGAAAGGUGGUGCCUCCGUGUCCAAUGCCAGAUGCCUUAAUUCCAUUAGAGAUGAUAUGCAAGAGGAUAAUGCAUCCGUGAAUGGACGACAAAAGGGAUCAUCAAAUCGGUCAUUCCGAACCAAGGAUAAGAAUGUUAGCUUGAAGAGGAAAACGAAAAAUUCGGUCAGCCCAAACACCGUGGAGGAAUUUUCCUCCGAUGACCUCCUGCAAAUGAACGAAGACAACGGCUCCUUCGCAGACACAAAGAGUUGCAAAUCCUCUUCCAGAAAAGUAAAGCUAGAUAAACUCGUUUACGCGUUCGUCGAGCUGUAUGACGAAUCUGAGGGAAACACCAUACUCACCAAAACGUGUAACGCUAGACAUUUAAAACCAGGAGAUUAUGUAAAUGCAUAUGACCUAAGAAAGCAUACCUUCGACAAUGACAUCAGCUUAUAUUUGGAGAAGGAGGACAACUAUAGCAUAAUCAUUAUUGAUAAAGUGAAGCCAAAGGAGAGACAGAAAAUAGAAAACGAAUUACAAGUACAAAAUAAUAAUAUAGAGACCAUGAAAAAUAUUAAUGAGGAGGAUAUCUUUAAGUCCAUCCUUCUGAACAACUGUGCUGGUAUGGAGAAUAUGACCAUCCGCUGA